AUGACUGGCUUUACCACAACAAGGGAUGGCUUCCCGGAUCGUGGCCCGGCUGUCUUCGCAGUCACGACAGCAACAUUGGUGCUAGCUACCAUCUUUGUCGCUGGCAGGCUUGUCAGCCGCAUCGGUAUCGUGCGACAUGUGAGCUGGGACGACUACAUCAUCGUCCUGGCUUGGGUCUUUGCAGUGGGAUUGAGUAUCACCAUCGACAUUGGCACAAGGAGAGGACUCGGCAGGCAUGAUGCCAACAUUCCAGAUGAGCAUCGAGUGCCGCUCAGAAAGACCGAAUAUGUCUUCUCUAUCCUCUACAAUCCCGCAUUGAUGGCAACCAAGACGUCAAUCUUGAUAUUCUAUCUUCGGUUGUCAAAGAACACCCAACAGGUCCUUCGAAUGGCCUCCUGGGUUGUCUUGGGCAUUGUCAACCUGGCUGGCUUAAUACUCACCAUCAUCAACAUCUUUCAAUGUCGGCCGAUUAACGCAUCCUUCAGCGACAUCACAGGCGAGCCUAAAUGCAUCCCACUCCUCACAGAGUUCAUUUGUUCUGCACCAAUCAACAUUGUCACCGACCUAGCCAUUCUGGCCUUGCCUAUUCCUGUCUUGACAAGCAUGCGGCUCCCAACAAGACAGAAGACGAUCCUUGUCUUCACGUUCACGCUGGGCAUCUUUGUCACCAUCGUGGAUGUUGUGCGGAUCUACUACCUUCAGCAGGCCAUCACCAAUGUGCCAUCGAGUCCUUCAAGUGACCCUGGGGCCAUAUUCGGCGAUAGUGUAGAGUUUCCCUGGAACGCCUCUCUAUCAUUAAUGUGGUCUGCUGUGGAAGUCAACAUCGGCAUGACGUGUGCCUGUAUCCCAACCCUCAAGCCACUGAUCAUCAAAAUCCUCCCAGCCAUGCUUGUCGAUCCUCAUGGUACCCGUACGGCGGGCUCAUCGACCCAGGAUAAGGAAAUGGCCAACGAGUCUCCAUCAAAGCACGGAAGCGAUGAAGGAAGGCAGGCACAGGGGGCUGUACCUGAGGCACCUACCAAUGGACUAAGAGCACCUCCCGCUCAAGACUCGGGACCCGAAGGAGUUACGAUGAUGGACUUCCUGACCACUCCAGACAUGACAGAGCUUCCUGGACAAAGAAACAGCACCGGUCUCCGGAUUCCUCAAAGCGCGACCAUUGACACGCUCGCUAGUAAUAGCACGAGACGGAACUCAGUCUACUUCGGCUUUGUCAACAUGAAGCGACCAAAGAGCAUGAUCAAAACAGAUGUCGCCGAAUCAUUCAGAUACUGCUUGAUUGUCACGAUCCUCUUCUUGCUCUGGGGGUUCUCUUACGGCCUCCUCAACACACUCAACAAUGUUGUCGCCACGAUUUCCAACAUGACCACAGCGCAGACACUGGGACUAACGAGCGUUUAUUUUGGUGGCGGUUAUUUCUUCGGCCCAUUAGUUGUCGGUGAAUGGGUUCUCCGGCACGACGAACAUGCUAGAUUCCACGAUUUGAAGUCCAGAGCGAAUAGCGAACCCGUCGGUGGCUUCAAAGCGACCUUUAUUAUGGGUCUAGCCAUUUACGGGAUUGGCACUAUCAUGUUCUGGCCCAGCGCAGUUAUGACCUCGUUUGCCGGUUUCAUGAUUAGCAAUUUCGUUGUCGGAUUCGGCCUGGGUGUUCUCGAGACUGGCGCAAACCCUUUCAUUGUGCUAUGUGGACCACCACAGUAUGCAGAAAUGAGACUCUGCAUUUCUCAGGGUUUCCAGGGCGUUGCAACGGUGAUAAGCGGACUGCUGGCACAGAAAGUCUUCUUUGUGGAUCUAGAUUCGGAUGAUGCUUCGGGCUCCAUGAUACUUUUGGACGUGCAGUGGACGUAUCUCGCCAUCACCCUGUUUUGCGUUGCUCUUGCGCUUUUCUUCUACUAUAUGCCACUACCUGAGGUGACCGAUGAAGAACUCGGUCGAGCCGCCACUCGCCUUCCAGUCGAUCCCCAAAAGAGAGGUAUUGGCGGGCUUCAGCUACGGACCUGGUGCAUCAUACUUGCCGUUCUUGCGCAGUGGGUCAUUGUCACCCGAUGCAUCCAGCUCGGCAGAUAA